AUGUCGCUGAAGAAGGAGUUGCAAAAUUUGGGCUGCAGCUCGUGUGGCAAGCCAACCAAGCUCACCCCGGCGCCGAAUCUCGAGAGCAUCGUCGACAACAGAGUCGAUAAUCCCGUGCAGUUUUUUCGAGUCGGAAAGAAACGCGACGAGGAGGCGGCGGCCUUUCUGCAGGAUGAGGCUGCCCGCCAGCACGCCAAGAGAUUGGAAAAAUUACGAAAGGAGGGAAAGAAAAAAGUAUGCCUCAUCAGCAAGCAGCAGGCGGAUUGCCUGGAGAGACUGAGGAAAUUCGCCGAGAGUGCGCCCGUGACUGGACUGCUUCCAGACUGGGAAAACGCCAUGCGCAAUACCAUAUCGCAGAGUCUGCGGGAGAAAUUCCAAGAUCUGCUCGAGGCCCAGAUGAACGAGAUCAAGGAGCGCUACUACGACGAUAUGCGCAGAUUGAGCUUGCGGUGCAUUUUGAACGACGGCUCGGGCGACUGUCUCGGCUUCAAGGAUCCACCCUUCAAGCUCAAGGGAAAGACCGACAAUUAUCCGAAAUUUUUAUCCAACAUGCACCUCUUGGAGUCUCGAUUUUUUCUCUGGCAUAAAGUGCUCAGGACGUUGCUGUCGAAAUCCAUCAGCAGAAUGCCCGAGUACUUUGUCGAUUUUAGCACGUACCGCGACAAGGGAUUCGUCGAGUUCAAAGAUUUCGUCGAGAUGAGCGACGACGACAUGAAGAAAGGUACGGUACAGAUAUCAAAGUACUACCACGCCGACGCGAGCAGGCUCAUGAGUCCGAAAUCGCGAGCUUAUCGAGAUGUGCCGUUCAACAAGCUGUCGUCGUUUAUCCGAUGUUGCGAUCGGUUUUUCGCGCUCAAACUCGUCGAGCGCAUGGACGCGACGAUGGAUCGCUUGCUCGACGUCAUGCGAGACCCUAUGAAAUCUCCGUUACUCGGGUUGACGCUCAAGUGCGAGAAUAACGACCUGUUCGUGAGCCCACCGAUGCCAGAAGUCAAAGAGGUUUUUCACUCGCUACUCGAGCGAAUCGGGCAAUUGGCUCGCGACUUGCCGUCGAUGGAGGUAGCGGCGAAAGUCAAGUUCGACGCUCGGGCCGCCGAUUAUCCCGAGUGGCGGAUUCACGAGAAGCAUCGCAAGCUCGCGGAGCUGCUCGACGCGGCCUACGCGCCCCUGGAGAAGUACGUCGAGGCCGUGCGGGAAAAGUUCAAAGGCGUCUUCGACGUCAAGGCCCAGGACGCGCAAGUCGAGAGCAUCGUCGAGAGCAAGGACUUCAAGAGCUGCCUCAAGCAGUUCGAGAGAUUCAACCGCUCGGUGGCCGAUGUACACGGUAUGACGAAAAAUCAGUACUUUACCAAUUGCAAGCUGUAUCAAGAGGAGGCGAAAAACGGCUUGAAAAAGUACACGGAAGAGGUGAGAAAGAAGAUAAUAGGCGACUUGGUUAUGAGGCAUCAAAAUUACAAUCUGAGCAUAUGCGAUGAAUUCGAAGCGAUAAAAAAAGAAGCUCUCGAUAUUCCCGCGGAAACAGGCCCGCUGCUGGAACUUGGUCGUAGGAUGCUCUAUAUUCAAACGGUCGGACUGGAGGAGCUGCGCGCCAAAGUCAGCCAGUCGCUCUACAUGCUCACCGCUCUGUUUGCCCUUACCCUGUUGAAAAAGAAUCACUUGAACCUCAACAAUCGCACGAUCAAUUGGUUCACCGAGAUCAAGGACGUUUUCGAGAAAAAUGGCACGCUGUACGAGCAGAAAAAGUUCGAGCUCGAGGAGCGCCUGCAGAACAGAAUCCUCGCCCUCAAGAAGCCCGUGGAGGACAUGUUCCCGACCAUACUCAUGCUCAACGGCAUGGACGACGCGACGCGCAUCGGCGAGUACAUCGAGUUCAUGCGGACGUUCGUCCGGGGCCUCGAGUACAUGGACGCCAGCGUCAAGUGGAUCAACUCCGAGGAGGAUCUCUUUGGCUUCCCGCGCUCGACUUAUCCGCGAAUCGACGAGCUGCGCAACGAGAUCAUCUCGCCGUUUUACCAACUCAUUUCGAAAGCCUAUCAGUGGCAGCGAGACGUCGGCGUCUGGCUCGACGGGCCCUUUGAAAACUUGGACCCCGACGUCGUGGAGAAAAAGACCGGAGAGUACUUGCAGGACUUUACGAAGAUCGGCAAAGCCUACAAGACCAAAAUCAAAAUGCAGUUGGCCAUGAAUUAUGAAUACACUUUUCCAGGUUCGGUCGACGACCCUGAUCCGAUGCAACACCCCGCGCCCAUGAAACUAUGCCAUCAGCUCCUCGUCGACGUCAAAUGGUUCAAAAAUUACGUGCCGAUGGUGCAAUGUUUUUGCAAUUCGGCUCUGCGUCAACGGCACUGGGACGAAAUGUCGGGCAUCGCAGGUUUCGAUCUCACGCCCAAUGCCGGCACGACGAUGCGCAAAAUUAUCGGCAUGAAUUUGAGCGACAAUAUGGAACUGUACGAGCAGAUAAGCGUCGGGGCCACCAAAGAGCUGGGUUUGAAAGAGCAACUGGAGAAAAUGGAAAUCGAGUGGGACGACGUGUUCUUCUCGACGGCGCCCUUCAAGGACAGCAAAGUGACCAUACUGACGGGCAUCGACGACGUUCAGGCGAUGCUCGAGGAGCACAUCGUCAAAGUACAAGCGAUGCGAGGCUCGGCCUUCGUCAAGCCGAUCGCCGACGUGGUCAAAGAGUUUUACGAGCUACUGCUGAGAAUUCAGAUGACCCUCGACGAAUGGAUCAAGGUGCAGGUGCAGUGGAUGUACCUCUUGCCGAUAUUCUCCAGCAAAGACAUAGUCGCCCAACUGCCCGAAGAGGGCAUCAUGUUCGGCGAAGUCGAUGGCACUUUCCGCAAGGCCAUGCAGAGCGUGGCCCGCGAGCCUUUGGUCCGAGAAACAGCUGGCUCCGUAGGUCUCUACCAAGCCAUGAAAAUGUCUAACGAAUUGAUGGAGAAGGUAAACGACGGCGUGUCGAAUUACCUCGAAAAGAAGCGGCUAUUUUUCCCUCGAUUCUUUUUCUUGAGUAACGAUGACAUGCUCGAGAUACUAUCGGAAACAAAAGAUCCAUUGAGAGUUCAGCCGCACUUGAGAAAGUGCUUCGAAGGCAUCGGAAAACUAGGUUUCAAUUCCGACCUCGAAAUAUAUUCCAUAAUUUCCGACGAGAAGGAAGAAAUAAUGAUUCACGAACUGAUAUCGACCGCCACUGCUCGAGGCUGCGUCGAGAGAUGGCUCGUUCAAGUGGAGGAGCAGAUGGUCGUGUCGGUGAGAGAAGAGGUGUCGAUGAGCUACCGCGAUUACGAACUGACCGAUCGCGUCGACUGGGUGCGAACUUGGCCCGGUAUGGUGGUGCUGUGCGUCUCGCAGAUAUACUGGAGCAUGCAGGUGCAGGACGCCCUGGUGACUCACGUGGCCUCGGCCAUGCUCAAUCUCUACCAGAAGCUCAAGAAUCAAAUCAUCGACGUGGUGAAUUUGGUCAAAGGUAUAGAGCCGGACGAAUUAAACCGGGUGACGCUCAGCGCGCUCAUCACCAUAGACGUGCACGCGAUGGACGUGGUCAAGUCGCUCAUCGACAAGGCGAUCGUCAGCGAGAUGGACUUCGAGUGGCUCGCCCAGCUGCGCUACUACUGGGAGGACGACGUGAUCGUUCGAAUCAUCAAUGCCAGCGUGCCCUUUGGCUACGAGUACCUCGGCAACAGUCCGCGCCUCGUCAUUACACCGUUAACCGACAGAUGCUACCGGACGCUCAUCGGCGCCUACUCGCUGCAUCUGAACGGAGCUCCCGAGGGCCCCGCCGGUACCGGCAAAACCGAGACGACCAAGGACUUGGCUCGGGCCUUGGCCGUCCAGUGCGUCGUUUUCAACUGUUCCGACGGCCUCGACUACAAGAAUAUGGGCAAAUUCUUCAAGGGCUUGGCCUCCUGCGGCGCCUGGGCCUGCUUCGACGAGUUCAACCGGAUCGAGCUCGAGGUCCUGUCCGUCGUGGCUCAGCAGAUACUCUGCAUCGUUCAGGCGGUCAGAGCCGGCGUCGAGACUUUCAUAUUCGAGGGCACCGAGCUCAGAUUGAAUCCCAGCGUCUACGUCUGCAUCACGAUGAAUCCCGGCUACGCUGGCCGUUCCGAAUUGCCCGACAAUUUAAAAGUACUUUUCCGUACGGUAGCUAUGAUGGUGCCGGAUUACGGCAUGAUCGGCGAAAUUUUCCUCUACUCCUCGGGUUUCACCAACGCCCGAGUUCUGGCCAUGAAAAUCGUCACCACUUACAAACUUUGCUCCGAGCAAUUGUCCUCCCAAUCUCAUUACGAUUACGGCAUGAGAGCGGUGAAGACCGUCCUGACGGCGGCUCAGAAUAUCAAGUUGAAAUUUCCCGAAGAAGACGAAACCAUACUUAUGCUGCGUUCGAUCGUCGACGUGAAUCUGCCGAAAUUUCUUGCCCACGACGUGCCGCUGUUUCAAGGCAUCAUAUCCGAUUUAUUUCCCGGCGUUACGUUGCCCUCUCCAAACUACGAUAUCUUACUGAAAGCCGUCGGUACGGUUUGCGCGAACAAAAAUUUGCAAAUGACCGAUGGUUUUAUUUUGAAGAUUGUUCAGACGUACGAGAUGAUGCUCGUCAGGCAUGGAUUUAUGUUGGUGGGAGAUCCUUGUGGAGGCAAGACUACGGUGCUUCACACGCUGGCUGCGGCAUUGGCUCUUAUGCACGAAUGGGGCGACGAAAACGGAGCACCUACAAAGUUUAUGACGAUCAAUCCGAAAUCCAUAACGAUGGGUCAGCUUUAUGGUCAAUUCGACCCGGUCUCGUCCGAAUGGACGGAUGGAAUUUGUUCGGUGGCUUUUCGAAAGUACUGCACCGAGGACACGCCAGAGAGAAAAUGGAUCAUUUUCGAUGGGCCGGUUGACGCGGUUUGGAUCGAGAACUUGAAUACCGUUCUCGACGACAAUAAAAAAUUGUGCCUCACGUCCGGCGAGGUCAUGCAGAUGACCGGCGUCAUGUCGAUGAUUUUCGAAGUGAUGGAUCUGCUGCAAGCGUCGCCAGCUACGGUGUCGCGCUGCGGCAUGAUUUACAUCGAAUCCCACGUACUGGGUUGGAGGCCCAUCGUCAAAUCAUGGAUCGAUACGUCGAAUCCCAGCUGGAGGGAGAAUCACGAGGAGGUCAUACAGGCGUUGAUCGACUGGCUCAUCGAUCCUUGCUUGGAAUUUGUGAGGAAAAAGUGCAUUUGCACGCUUCACGCUGGUCAGAUGAACCAGAUUACGUCGACUCUGAGCUUGAUCGAGAUGCUCAUGAACGACGCCGUCUCGAUUAAUGCUGGAACGCCGUACGACGCCAAUAUAGACGCCUGGCUUCAAGCUGCCUUUUUCACAGGCAUAAUAUGGGGAAUCGGUGGUACUCUGGACAUCGAGUCUCGAAAUAAAUUCAACGAGUUCGUUUUUUCUAUUUGGCGCGAAGAAAAUCCUGACUAUCCGCUACCUCCCGAGAUCGUUGACACGAUUCCCACUCCGAACGAGGGGAUGAUUCACGACAACGUUUACAUAUUCAAAGGUAGAGGAGCCUGGAAGUCCUUCGGCGAGAUGGUUAAGCACGAGCCAAUCGUCGAAGUCCAGAGUAUCGGCCAAAUGAUCAUACCAACGAUCGACGUCCUCAAGUAUCAGUACAUGUUUCAAUUACAUAUAAAGCACGGAAAACGUUUCCUGCUUUUCGGCAAGACGGGAACUGGCAAGAGUUUUUACAUUCAAGACAUGAUGGUGAAUAAAUUGAGAGAAGAUCAAGUGCUUCCGAAUUUCAUAACGUUUACCGCGAGAACUACUGCGGCCAACACCCAAGAACUUGUCAUAUCGAAAUUGUUCAAACGUCGAAAGGGACAUUAUGGGCCUAUUGGCAAUGCUCAAUGCGUCGUUUUCAUCGACGACGUCAACAUGCCCGCCAAAGAAGUUUACGGCGCGCAGCCUCCGAUCGAAUUGUUGAGGCAAUUCUUCGACCACGAGCAGUGGUUCGAUCUCAAGGAACCCGAAGUUGUUCGAAUUUACAAUACCAUGUUCAUUUGUGCAAUGGCGCCGCCCGGAGGCAGUCGUCAGGAAAUUUACCCAAGAUUCUUGCGCCAUUUCAAUCUCUACGAGAUAAGCGAGUUUUCCAACGAAAGCGUUUUUCGUAUCUUUUCGACCAUCGCCCAAAUCGGCCUCAAGAGAAGAGGAUUCGCUACGGAUGUGAAUAACACCGUGAACGCCAUUGUAAACGCGACGAUGUUCAUAUUCGAAAAAAUACGAUCCGAGCUCCGACCGACGCCCAUGAAGUCUCACUAUUUGUUCAAUCUCAGAGACAUUGCCCGCGUCAUUACGGGCUUCGUCAUGAUCAGAAAAGAGUCGGCCGAGACCAAGGACAAACUCGCUCGCGUGUGGGUGCACGAAGUUUUAAGAGUCUUUGGCGAUCGCCUAAUCGAUUCGGACGACUCAAAGUGGCUCUUUGGACAGAUCAGAGAGACCACGGACAAAGUUUUGCGAGAGAAUUUCGAUGCUUUGUUCGAAGAUUUGCCCAAGUACGGCAACAAAUUGACGUAUGAUAGUUUGCAGCAUUUGUUAUACGGCAACUUCAUGGACCAGGACGCACUUCCCGAGGAUCGAAAGUACGAGGAAAUACUUUCGAUCGCAGACUACAAAAAUGUAGCCGAUAUGUGCUUGGAAGAGUACAACAGCAUCAACAAAAGCAAAAUGGACAUAGUUCUCUUUAGAUACGCUCUGGAGCAUUUGGUCAGGAUAUGCCGAAUUCUGGUCAUACCAUCUGGAAGUCUUCUGAUGGUGGGAGUUGGUGGCUCUGGUCGACAAUCGCUCACCAGAUUAGCUUCUAGCAUCGUAGGUUGCAACAUAUUCCAACCAGAGAUAAGCAGUUCCUACGGCUUAAACGAGUGGAGAGAGGAUCUGAAAAAAGUUUUGAAAAUUGCGGGAGGCGUCGGAAAAGACUCGACCUUUCUCUUUACCGAGGGUCAGAUUAAAAUGGAAGCUUUUCUGGGCGACAUCGACGGUCUUUUGAAUUCCGGCGAGGUCCCCAAUCUCUAUACCGUGGAAGAAAAGCAAGAAAUCGUCGAGUUAACGAGAUUGGCAGCACAAGGUGGAAAUAGAAAUUUGGACAUUUCCGUUCUGUCGAUACUUCGAUUUUUCGUCAACCGUUGCAAGGAAAAAUUGCACGUCAUGCUGUGCUUCAGCCCGAUCGGCGAGGCCUUUAGGAUGAGGCUCCGAAUGUAUCCGAGUUUGGUCAAUUGCUGUACGAUCGAUUGGUUUCAGAUAUGGCCGGAGGAAGCUUUGGAACAGGUCGCUUUGAAGAGUACGACGUCCAUCAACGUGGACGAGGACGUACGAGUCAAUUCGGUCAUAGCUUGCAAAUAUUUUCACACUUGUGCCAAAGAACUGAGCGAAAAAUUUUACAAGCUGCUCGGGCGAAAAACCUACAUUACUUCGGCAGCAUUUUUAGAUUUGAUCAAGGUUUUUGGUAUGCUUAUGAAGGAAAAGCAGGACGAAGUUACUUUGGCCAAGGAACGUUAUGUCGGUGGUCUUGAAAAAUUGGAAUUUGCAGCCGAACAAGUUGCCCAAAUGCAAGUGACCUUAACAUCUUUACAACCUGAGUUGCAAAAAUCUGCCAAAUUAACGGAAGAAACGAUGAAAAUAAUAGAAAGGGAAAAUUUGUCAGUUGAAAAAGCGACCAAAGUCGUUAAAAAAGAAGAGGACGCAGCUCAAGAUCAAGCCAAAGUGGCAGGAGCCUUAAAAGCCGAAUGCGAAGCCGAUUUGGCCGAAGCUUUGCCUGUACUCGAGGAAGCAAUUGCUGCAUUAAAUACUCUCAAGCCCGCGGAUAUUACUUUGGUAAAGUCGAUGAAAAAUCCUCCAGAAGGUGUAAAGCUUGUCAUGGCGGCAGUCUGCGUUAUGCUAAACGUUCAACCCGAUCGAGUUACCGAUCCGAAUACGGGUAAAAAGGUUCUCGAGUAUUGGGCCCCAAGUAAACGCAUACUCAGCGAUAUGAAAUUCCUCGACUAUCUCAGAGAGUACGACAAGGACAAUAUUCCAAACUCAACGAUGCAGACGAUAAAAAAAGUUUACUUGACGGACAAAAAUUUCGAGCCUCACAAAGUGGCGAAAGCCUCGCAAGCAGCCGAGGGUCUAUGCAAAUGGGUCCGAGCCAUGGUGCUGUACGACCGAGUCAUCAAAAUCGUAGCGCCAAAAAAAGAAAAACUCGCCGAAGCCGAGCGGAUGUUCGAAGAGACGAUGAAUUUUUUAAACGCCAAACGCAAAAUGUUGGCUGACUUGAAUCUGAAAUUAGCCAAGCUGAACGACCAGUUGACGAGGACGAUUGAUACGAAAAUCGAUCUGGAAAAUCAAGUGACGCUAUGUCGAAAUAAGCUCAUUCGAGCGGAAAAAUUGAUAAGUGGCUUGGGUGGCGAGAAGAGCAGAUGGACCGAGUGCGCGGAGAAUCUCGAGCUCGUCUACCAAUGCUUGCCGGGCGACGUGCUCAUCUCCUGCGCCAUGAUCGCCUACCUCGGCCCCUACACCAAUGCCUAUCGACUCGAGAGCCUGGAAAAAUGGCUCGAUUACGUCAGCCGGCUGAACAUUCCCCGCUCCGAGCAUUACAAUUUCGUCGACGUUCUCGGCUCCGAGAUCAAGAUAAACUCGUGGAAUAUCUUCGGCUUGCCGAGGGACUCCUUUUCCACGGAAAAUGCCAUCAUCAUGGACAAUACGAAGCGAUGGAGCUUGUUUAUCGAUCCGCAGAGUCAGGCCAACAAAUGGAUAAGGAGCAUGGAGAAGCAGCACGAGUUGGAGAUCGUCAAGCUCACCGAUAAGAAUUACAUGAAAAUCGUCGAGCAGUGCAUAGAAUUUGGCAAACCAAUUCUGCUGGAAAACGUUGGCGAGGAGCUCGACGCGGCGCUGGAUCCUAUUCUGGCGAAAAAUAUCUACCUCGUCGCUGGCAUCUGGUACAUUACCUUGGGCGAGGCGGCUAUCGAGUACGACAUGCGCUUUCGCCUGUACAUCACGACGAAACUGCGCAACCCUCACUACCUGCCCGAAGUAUUCAACAAAGUGACGCUCAUCAAUUUCGCCCUGACCAUCGAGGGCCUGGAGGAUCAGUUGUUGGGCAUCGUCGUGGCGGCCGAGCGACCCGACUUGCAGGAGAAGCGCGAGUAUCUCAUAGUGCAGGGCGCGGCGAACAAGAAAGCUCUGAAGCAAGUGGAGGACGACAUUCUGCGCACUCUAUCGAUCGCCGGCGCCUCGAUUCUCGAAGACGAGGAGGCCAUCGAGAUACUCGACUCGUCGAAAUUACUCUCGACCGAGAUAAUCCGCAAGCAAGAGGCCGCGAAAGAGACCGAGACGAAGAUCGAGGCUUUUCGCCAGAGCUACCGGCCCAUAGCCAAGCACAGCUCGGCGCUUUAUUACACGGUGACGGAUUUGCCGAGCAUCGAUCCGAUGUAUCAAUACUCGCUCGUUUGGUUCAUCAAUCUCUACAAGAUAUCGAUCGAGACCGCCAGCAAGAGUCACAUACUCGAGAGGCGAUUGGCCUUUUUGAGCAAAACAUUCACUUACAAUCUUUAUCAAAACGUCUGCCGCUCGUUGUUCGAGAAAGAUAAGUCUAUUUAUUCCUUCAUCCUUUGCACGACGAUACAACAAGCGAACGGCGAAUUGCCGCGCGAAGAGAUGGGCUUUUUCCUCACGGGUGGUAUCGUUCUUCAACCGACGACGAGCGAAGCCAAUCCGUGCAGCCAUUGGCUCUCCGACAAAGCCUGGGACGAGAUCAGACGCGCACCCAACUUGCCGUCGUUCAAAAAUUUUACCGAUGAAUUUAUCAACCCAGCCAAGGCUCAAAAAUGGCAAGCCUUUUAUGACUCGACGAAUCCCGAAAAGGAGCCUUUGCCCAUGCCUUGGCAAAACGACCUCACGGAAUUCCAGAAGCUAAUAGUCAUGAGAAUGAUUAGACCCGACAAAGUCUUACCCAAAGUGGUUCAAUACGUGCGAACGACGAUGAACGAGAGCUUCGUGACCCCACCACCGUUCGACAUAGCCCGCUCGUUUGCCGAUGCCAAUUGCCUCAUACCUCUAAUUUUCAUUCUAUCUCCGGGCUCGGAUCCGAUGAGCGCGCUCAUCAAAUUUGCCGAUCAGUCGGACUACUCGUCGAAAUUUUUCUCCAUCUCGUUGGGGCAGGGUCAAGGGCCGAUCGCUCGCGAGCUCAUCGAGCAAGCUCAAGCCGACGGCUACUGGGUGUGCUUGCAGAAUUGCCACUUGGCCGUCUCUUGGAUGGCGGAGCUCGAGAAGAUAUGCGACGAUCUCGACUGGACCAAUACGAACAUGAAUUUUAGGCUUUGGCUAACGAGCUAUCCGUCCGACAAGUUUCCUAUUACUGUCUUGCAAAACGGCGUUAAGAUGACAAACGAGCCACCUACCGGAAUCAAGCAAAAUCUUAUGAGAUCUUACACUUCUGAGCCGGUAAAGGAUCCAGAGUUUUUCGACGGCUGCCCAGAGAAAGACAAAACUUUUACGCGAUUGCUCUAUGGGCUCUGCUUCUUCCACGCUGUCGUUCAGGAGAGAAGAAAUUACGGGGCUCAAGGCUGGAACAUACGAUACGGUUUCAAUGAAUCAGAUUUUCAAAUAUCGGCGCAGCAGCUGCAAAUUUUUAUCAACGAAUACGACGAGGUGCCGUACAAAGCGAUUCUCUAUCUGACCGGCGAAUGUAAUUACGGAGGCAGAGUGACGGACGACAGAGAUCGGCGCUGCCUCAAUACGAUUCUCAAUGAUUUUUACAACGACAGCGUGGUCAGCGACAGCGAUUACAGCUUCUCGGAAUCCAGCCCCGAGUACGCGCUGCCGCGAAGAUUCGAGUACAAAGACUACAUCAAGCAGAUCGAGUCGAUUCCGGACAAUCCACCGCCCCAAGUUCUCGGACUGAACAUGAACGCCGGCAUCACUCGCGACCUCGAGAUCUCCAAGAACUUCUUCGACUCGCUCGCUCUGCUACAGGGUGGAGCGAGCAUACUCGACGCGUCGAAACAAGACGAGGUACUGUUGACGAUGAAGGCCGACAUAUACGACCGGCUGCCGGACUCGUUCGAUCUCGAGGAGGCUCAGAAGGCCCAUCCGGCCUCGUACCUCGAGUCGAUGAACACCGUCCUCGUGCAGGAGAUGGAGCGCUACAAUCGGCUGCUGCGCGAGAUCAAGACCUCGCUGAGUCUGCUGGAGAAGGCCGUGAGGGGAUUGAUCGUUAUGACGCCCGAUUUGGAGACUCUCUGCGCCCACAUGCUGGCCAACAAGAUUCCACCUUCGUGGCGACGAGCGAGCGCCUACCCCAGCCUCAAGUCGCUCAUGGGCUUCGUGCAGGACUUUAUCGAGCGCAUGAACUUCUUCCAGGAUUGGUUCGAGCACGGCAAGCCCGCGGUAUUCUGGAUCUCGGGCUUCUCGUUCGUGCACGCCUUCCUCACGGGCGCGGCGCAGAACUACGCGAGGAAGUACAAGAUAUCCAUCGAUCUGCUGGACUUUGACUUCGAGGCCUUGCCGUACUUCGCGACGCAGCGGCCGCCCGACGACGGCGUCUACGUGCGCGGCAUGUUUCUCGCGGGCGCCAGGUGGGAUCUGAAAUCGAUGCGGCUCGACGAGGCGCUGCCCAAGCAGCUACACGACCAGAUGCCUCUGGUCUGGAUCAAGCCGUGCUUGCGCGCGAGCAUCGAGCCGAGGGGCCGCUACGUCUGCCCGCUCUACAUUACCUCGGAGCGCUUCGGCACCCUCAAAACCACCGGCCACUCCACCAAUUACGUGCUCGAUAUUCUCAUCGAUACGCAUUUGCCGGUGAGCCAUUGGAUCAAGCGCGGCUUGGCGCUGCUCUGCCAGUUAGACGACUGA